GAAAUGAGCUGGUGGAAGAUGGUGAAGACCAGGGAGGGCCCCGGAGGCAAUGGAUGGACAGAGCCUGCCGCUACUUCAUCGCCUCGGACCUAUUCAUGUCCCCUUCUGAGGAUGCCGCUCACCUUGAGAUGAGCAACGACUGGCACCGCGGUCCCCUCUCUCGGGGAAGGAUCGUCGUGCCCUCGCCGGACAACGUGUGCCAGUGUGUACAGGAAGACUGGACGGAGCAGUUCGAGCUCUUCGGUUGCGUUAUCGGCUUUGCGAUCCUCCACAAGGAGCGAAAAGAAGUCUGA